GGUCUAGAUAAUGUAGGCUAUGUAGGUACUCUAUGUGGGGGGGGAAAAAAAAAAAGAAAAAUCGUUUCGUAUUAUUGAGCCUUUUAUUUUGAAAAGCGGAAACUCGAUAGGGGAGUUGAGGAAGGGACGAUUGCGUUCUAACAACGCAACCGGCUGAAACAAAAAUAUUUUAUACCAGGUUUAUUUGCGCGCAAAUGGAGGAUCUCAAAUCAAAACAAAAAAUGAUCGAUCCAUGCUUGCCUUUGCCAUCCCUUCGCCUUCUGGUGCCCCCUUUGCAGCUUCAGUCUGCUGCCAUGUGGCAUGUGGUGAAGCAGAAGGACGUGAUAAACUACUGGAAGGUGCAGGAGUUUGUGUGCAUGGUGACGGACGCAGUGCCCCACCUGAUCAACCAACAACAGAGAGCACAGCUCCUCCUCGGCCUAAGAGCCAGGUUGAUCUUGGAGCUCUGCAAAGGCUCUGCUUUAGGAGAAGUUGAUGCUCAAGGAAUCCAGAGUUACUUGGAGAGGCUGCCUGUUAGUUCUGCAGAUCAGUGCAUGGAUCCAGAUGUUAAAACGACUGAGUUGACCUUUGUUGCACUUGUUCAGAGCUUGCUUAAAGAUCCGGCAGAGAGGGCCUAUUUUUUCCAGGAGGUGUUCCCUGCUGAAUAUGGUCAACAGUAUGAUGCAGCGCUACAGGUGUUAUUGUGGGAGCUGCUGUCAAAGCUGGAGAAGCUACUUCCGGUUCCGGACCUCAAGCAGACGACCGCCUGGUUCAUCUCUGCUCCGUCUGUUUUGGAAGACUGCAUCCAAUCGUCAUCAGAAGAGCUAAGCUCUGUCUUCAAGCACUACAAAAGCUCAGGAUUACUGAAGAUGACAUAUGGGCCGUGUUCUACCACUGGUAGCUGUAUCAUGUCUGCUCUGUCAGUUCCUCCCUCACAAAAGACAAAUCUCUCCAUUGGACAGGAUUCUGUUCACAACUACGCAAACACGCUGACCCAUGUUACUCUGGCAGAGGCAGGGCAGUGCAGCGUUGUAGCCUUCUACACCGAAGUGGAAGUCAGAGCGUCUGAUCCGAACCCAGAAUCACCUGAGAUUCAAGUUCAGACAGAGUGUUACGAAGAAGAAAUUGUUGCUUUGAGUGCAGGUAUGAGCGGCGGUGGUGAGGAGGAAACUGGGGAAGCAGAGGGUGUUGCUAAAGCUUUGGAAACUUUGACCAAAACGUUUGCAUUGAGGAAGGAGAGCUUAGGAAGUGAGAAUGAGCCGUUGUAUGCAUCAGAGGAAACAAAGGACAAAACAGAGAGAACAGAAGACGACACAGAGAUGACAAAAGCUGUGGACAACAACCAGCCUGUCGUUCACCAGGACAUUACAAAUGUCCUCAGUGAAGCAGCUGCUUUGCAGGAACCCGACAUCUGCACCUCCACAUGUUCACAGACAGGUUCACCAAGAUGGCAGAAGAUGGAGGAAAUGAAGAUGACAGCCGGAGAAAAGAACGACGCAAUAAAAACGAGUGCAGCUGAUGUGACCUUUGACCCUUCUGUGGUUGCAGUCAAAGGAACAGACAAAGAUGAGGUAAUAUCAAUCAUCUUCACCUGCUCUCGCUGUCCUUUUCACGUCUCGGGCGACGUCAGUCCUCCUCACUUCCACAUGCAGAGCGUUUGCACCGAUGUGUAUAGGAGUUUCACAGGGGAGAAAUUUAUCCCGUCCCCGUCCAGUUCAGAUGAAAUAUUCACGUCCAUCAAGCUUUUCCCUAAAGGAAACGCCGAAAGCCAAGAUGGCAGUCCUCAGGCUCACAGCAGAAAGAGAUCUCUGACAUGUGAAACGUGUGGGAAAACUUUCACUCGGACUUCUGACGUGAGGAGACACCAGCUCACACACACAGGGGAGAGACCCUUCCAUUGCUCACAGUGCGACCAAACCUUCCAACACUCCUGGGAUUUAGUGAAGCACGAGAGCAAACAUCACGGCGUGGCGAUUUCCUUCUCCUGUCAGCUGUGUGGCGGCUCCUUUGCCAACCUGCGGGCGCUGACUGUUCACCACAAGAAAUCGCACUCGUCGGAGAACCAGCUACCUCACAUCUGCUCCAUCUGCAGCAGGAGCUUCCCCACCGACGACGAGCUGCUGGAGCACAGGAAGUCCCACGUCAGCAUCAGGCGCUACAUCUGCAAGCAGUGUGGCGAUGGCUUCGACACCCUGCUGGCCCGCGCCCAGCACAGUCAGGCCCAUCGGGUGAAGCGGCAGUUCAAAUGCCCACACUGCGAGAAAAUGUACACCCGCAGGUCUGACGUUAAGCGACAUUUAUCCACUCAUACUGGGGAGCGACCACAUCAGUGCAAGCAAUGCAACAAACAGUUCUCUGUCCGUUUUAUGCUGGUAAAGCACCUCCGGGUUCACACCGGAGAGAGACCUUUCCAUUGCGCCCACUGCUCCAAAAGCUUCACUCUUGCAUCUGUGCUGGCCCGACACGAGCGGAUGCACACAGGGGAGAAACCGUUCCUCUGCUCGCAGUGUGGGAAGGGAUUUUUAUCGCAGGGAGAGCUCUCCAAACAUCACAGGUCGCACCUGGAUGAUAGGCCCUACUCCUGUCCGCAGUGUGAGAAACGAUUCAAGAGCAAAAAAACCCAGCAGGAGCACAUUGCCUCCCACAGCGGUGCACGGCCAUACCCCUGCACCCACUGUGGGAAGGGCUUCUCCAAGCCCUACGCCCUAACCAGACACAACCUCAUCCACACCGGGGAGAGGCCAUUCCCCUGCGGACACUGUGAGAAGUCCUUCCUGACCCUCGGCGAGGCACAGCUGCACCGCAGGAUUCACACCGGGGAGAGGCCGUACCCCUGCGACGCCUGUGAGCUCAGGUUUAAGAGCUCGUCGGAGCUAGCGCGCCACAAACACAGCCACUCCGGGCAGAGGAGAGAGAAGCCGACCUGCGAGCUGUGCGGGAAAACAUUUCCGUCAAAAGCCAAACUGAACAAACAUAUGGAGAUGCAUAUAGAGGCUACUGACCUCAAUAAGGAGGCAUUUAGAUAAUUGUACAGUACAGACCAAAAGUUU